AUGGUUCUGAAAGCACGAGUCCGUUUGAAUUAAUUAGACGACCAUGAGCUACAGCGAAGCGCGUUUGUUGAGAGCCAGGCAGCCCGUCCUGCCACCCAUCUCCAACAGGACCCUGCGGCACCCCUCCUUCCUGCCUCUCUACGUGCCCACACGUUUUCAUCCCACUUUUCACGGAGACGCUCACCCCGGGUACUCAAUGAGUCCUGUGGAGCUGUUCUACACAGACCCCACUCUGCCCUGCGGGAGGAGGAUCUAUAAUAGUCUGAGUAGGAAAAUGGUUUUUGAUUGCUCCCAGCUCAACACUCCUCCCCCCCUCAUGUCUGCCUGCGUCGCCCCUUCAAGCCGCCCAGACCCAUUCAGGGCCGGACCUCACCCCACCAACAACCUGGGCAGCCCAAGCUGGAGACUCCAGAGCAUGCACCCUCCUCAGGUGCAGCCAAGGUUUGUGGUCAUCCAGCUCACACAGCAGGAGGACCAGGUUAUUACCAACCUGUUGAAACUCCACCACCAGGAGGCGCCCCAGAGCAAGGAGAGAGUCACCGCUGCAAAGGCCGACUUCCCAGGAGCUUUAAAGUCAAAUCCCAGAGAUCUUAGCACAGGUUCACUGGAGGGGGCAAACAAGGUUUUCUGCAUUGAUGCGUCAGAGGAGCGACAGAAAUGGUCAGACGCAGAGUAUGAAGCUGCUAACACUCUAUUGAGCAGCUUUCAGCAAGCGGAGGAUUUAAUAGGAAACGCAGCGAUGCCUCCUGAUCAUCUGCAGGCCCAAACCUCUCAGACAGAACUAGAAUGCCAAACUUUCCCACCAUCAGUGACUUGUUGCAGUUCACAAAAAGGAAGCCGCAUCAAGGAGAACGGAGACAUCGGGUCUCAGGAGGAUAUGACCGAAUGUCCAACAGGUUUUGAGAGCAAACUGGAACAAGAGAAGAUGGAGGGCAGGUCAGAGGAGCGGACGCUGACAGACCUGGAAGGGGACGCUGUGCAGGUUCUGCUCAGCCUCAGGGAGGUGACGACUUUCGAUGCCAUCCAGUGAUCGUGUCGAACCAA